AUGGGUACGUGCAUAACCGUUAUCAAGGUCGUUGGGGCCUCGUCGUUGGGGCUCUUGAGCGGGAACUUGGCGUUUCAGUCAUACAAGAGGGUGCCUGAGUUGAUAAGACAGUUGAACAACCAAGUCUCCAUCUCUUCCACCCAGGCAGUUUCUGUGUUGAGAGCGGUCACCAACAACAUCUACAUCUCAACCGCAGCAAACGUCUUGUUUGCUUCCUUGACCACCUACUUGUUCUCCACCGCCUACAAGUACUCGCCUCCCUCGGGAAGACACCCCUAUCUUUUGUACUGCGCCGUGGGCGCUCCUUUGGCACUUGCUCUGUAUGUUCUUCAGGCGAAAAGUGCUGAUGUCAAGAUUGUGAAGCGUGCUGGUUUGCAGCAGAAACAUGUUGAGGGACAGGUGGCCAGCAAGAGCGACGCUGCUACAACCGCUCCUGCUCCUGCUCCUGCUCCUGUUCAAGCGAAUGAGGACUCUGAUGGCUCGUUGGGCAAGUCGUACAUCCAUGUAAGCGACUCUCUGUCCAGCUCAUCUACGCCCUCCACGACGUCUCCAAACUCUCCUCAACAGCAGGCCACCGACAUUCAUCCAACCACGUCUGCUAUUGAGCAGGAGGUAGAAGAGGCUUUGAGCAAGAAAGAGUACAUCAACAACUUGGAGACGGUAAAGAAGUCGUACAAGACCGCAUUUACCAUUUCGAGUGCGGCGUUUGUUGUGAGCGCCAUUGGCCUUGUAGGAGACUUCUUCUUCAUCUGA